AUGAGAGACAGUGAGAUUACAAAAUUUCUUGUGUCUUUUAGUGGUCAGAUUGAGUAUGUAUCUUUUCCCGGUGGCGUAUUUGAUGACCAGCUGUGUGUACAUUAUGAAGUUGUUUGGGGUCCUGAUUGGAGUCCUAUGUCCGGUUUAACGUCGGGUACAAGUCAGAUGGCACGCUCUGGUGUUGACCCAGAGCGGGUAGUAUUUAAUUUCCCUUUAGAAAUCGUAUUUAGCAGCACAAAUGUCUCUGGAUGGCCUCAGUUACUUGUCACAGUAAGGGCACAGAAUACUUUAAGCGGUGAUGCGUUACGCGGUUAUUCUUUGCUUCUGAUGCCUCCCACUCCUGGUCACCUCUUGACAUCAGCUCCUUUGUUGAGACCCCGAGCGGCAACCGUAUUAGGGGAAUGGCUGGCUUGGAUCACCGGCAAAUAUCCUGAAUUAGCAGACCCGAAAAUGUUGGCUACUGGCAAGGAUAAUUACUUACUCAGGACGGAAUCAUAUGGGAGCGUGUCAGCAACACUUAAUAUGAUUUCUAAAGACUUUAGAAAGCUCGGCUAUGACAAUCAACCCCCUUUUUACAAUACUAGUAAUACAACAUACAAUACUAGUAAUAGGUAG